CUGAAAACGCGCGAAUUCCGAGUAUGGCGCUGAGCAUGUCAGCGGAUUAUCAUAAUGUUGACCUUCGUAUUUUUGAUGAGGCACAAUUCACCUGCCGAACUCUUGGAAGCGGGCUAACGGUUGAAGUGAGAAAUCGCAAAACUAUUACUAUGCAAAAGAAUAAUGAAGUUGUAAAGGAAAUCCGUCUCACUCCUUUAGUUGAUGUUCACCGUUUCUCUCAGAAGACACUGGCAAUAUGCACGAGAAAAAACGGUGCAGAGGGGCCGUCUGUGACGUACAUGCUGGCUUUCGAUUCUCUCGGAGACAUUCGCAGAUUUCUAGAUUCGAUCGAUGUUUCAAAGUCCAAAGAUGAGAAAAAUAAGGGAGUUUGCUCCUCUAUCUUCGACAAACGAACAGAUUCGUGGUCUGCAGUUCAGUACUUUCAAUUCUACAGUUACAUUAGUCAACAGCAAAAUAUGAUGCAAGACUAUAUCCGUACAUCAACAUAUCAAAGAGCAAUUCUUGCAAAUGCUUCAGCUGAUUUUCGUGGAAAAGUGGUAUUGGAUGUUGGUGCAGGUUCAGGGAUUUUAAGCUUCUUUGCAAUACAGGCGGGUGCAACUAGAGUUUAUGCAGUUGAAGCGUCAAAUAUGGCUUCUCAUUGUAAUAGCUUAGUUCAAGCAAAUAAAUUGGCGGGACGAAUCGUUGUUAUCAGCGGCAAAAUUGAGGAAAUCACACUUCCUGAACCAGUGGACGUCAUCAUUUCUGAGCCAAUGGGUUAUAUGCUUUAUAAUGAAAGAAUGCUAGAAUCAUACGUUCAUGCAAGAAAGUUUCUGGCACCACAUCUUCGACAACCAUUUAAAAAAAAGAGACAAAAUAAGUGCAAAACAGAACGACUGAAUCAGGAAGAUCAACAAUCAUCAGACAGUGUAGAAAAACACCUUUCCGACUCAGAUGACUCCGAUGAAGUACUAACUGAUGAAUUGGAUUGUGAAGAUAUUGAUAUAGAUGACCAUAUGGAAGAUGAUGGCGGAUCACCGAAAUUAUCCAACAAAGCCCUACCUUGUCCUGGAAUCAUGUUUCCAUCUGUUGCCAAUUUGUAUAUUGUUCCAUUCAGUGAUGAAGCAUUAUUUGCUGAACAGUAUGGAAAGGCCAACUUUUGGUAUCAACAGAGUUUUCAUGGAAUGGAUUUAACUGCUCUGCGUAAUGCUGCAGUGACAGAGUACUUCAACCAACCAAUAGUGGAUACAUUCGAUGUAGGCAUUUGUCCAGCCCUACCUUGUAUACAUAAAGUUGAUUUUCGUACUGUGUCCGAAUCUGAGUUGGCUUCAAUUGAUAUUCCCUUGAAUUAUCACAUUACAACAUGCUCUACAAUUCACGGUCUUGCAUUUUGGUUUGAUGUGGGUUUCUUGGGUUCACAACGAGAUGUUUGGUUAUCAACAGCUCCUACUGAACCGCUUACUCAUUGGUAUCAGGUACGUUGUCUCUUAGGGACACCGUUGUUCGUUCAAGAAGGUCAAACACUCAAUGGUCGUGUUCUUAUGCAUGCCAACACUCGGCAGUCUUAUGAUGUUCAAAUUGAACUGAUAGUGCCUGGCAGCCAAACAAAGAUCACAAACAGUUUGGAUUUGAAGAAUCCACAUUUCAGGUACAAUGGUUAUCCACCAGCUCCACCGCCUGGUUCUCAUGUCCGGUCGCCGACAGAAACGUAUUAUGCCAAUUUGUGCGCACAACAACAGAUAGAGAUACAAUCACAGGCGGUUAUUGCUGGUGGUGUGCUCAACAGUAACAAUAGUAAUGGACAAAUAAAUUAUCGCAAUAGUCCAGCUUACACAAUGAAUCAAACUGGUGGACUUCCUGCAACUGGUCCAAUCUCUAAUGUUGUUCAAACUAUCCCUGUAGCUGUUGCCAAUGACACUCUACUUCAAAAUCAAUCUCAUCCUAUGCAAUUAUCCCCACAACCCCUUAAUAAUCAGACUACGUUAGAUAUGAGUCGUUAUAUAAUGGCAAAUCAUUCACAGCAAGUUGCUCCAGCAGUUCUCAGAUCAGCAAACAUUCCAGCGACAACUACUACCAUCAUGGAACCGUCAGUGAAUUCUUCUGUAUGUGGGGUUAAUAAUGCAAACGACACAAUUUAUUACAAUCCUGUUAUUAGUACAAACCUUACAGACCAGUGUUUCGCAAUGAAUAACGUUGGAAAUCCUGGUAAAAAUUGGAAUUCAGGUUCAAAAGUCAUGCAAUAGAAUGAUUAAAGGAGCGUCGUUAUCUUCUAGAAGGACAUUUUGUUGUUUCAUGUAUGAUUAUUAUUUGAUUGACAGUUGCAUUUUGUAUUUGUUAAAUGUGUUCUGCUCUUGAGUUACUACUACUUUUUCCAAAAUUUUGUUGUCAAUGUUAUUACUGUUAUUACAACUGUUCUAUUUUUGUGUGUGUAUUAUCUUGGAAGGGGCACAACAGGAGUAAAUCUCAAAGAAGUGUUUACUCACCCACCCUUUUUUUCUUCUAUCCUUCCUUCCUAAUUCUUUCGCCUACCUACCUACCUACCUACCUUCUCAUAUCUUUGUGGCGGAUAUGUAUGUAUAACAUAUACAGAUGAAGAAUGAAUGAUGGAUUCCUCUAUUUAUGAUCAUAACUAUAAUCUAUCGAAGGAGGCGAAUUUUUCUGCUUGUUUCAUGUUUGUGUGUAUACAACAAAAACUUUGAGUCUAAAAACUUUCCAAUGAUAAUGACAAUUAAAUAAUUAAUUGUUGUAUUAAUCCACUGAAAUGUUAUGAAUGAUGAAUACCCUUAGGAAACAACUUUCUUUUUGCGUUCGUCGCGUCUUUAAUUAUCACACACACACACACAGACAUAUGCUCGCACAAUUCCCAUUUCACUUAUUCCUUUUGGUGGUCUCGUAUCUCUUUUUUUGGGUGGGUGGGUUUUCGGGUGAAUUGAUAAUACGUGCACACAAAUGCAGUUACAAAAAGACAAGACUAUCAGGUAGAUGUGUAUUUGACAAAAAUAUUCUACUCCUCCUUGUGUCUUUCUGUCCGAAGUAAAGAUUUUAGGAGUAGUCAUUUCGUAAUGUACCACCAGAAAUAGUAGUAGUGAUCCCCCAGAGGUGUGUGUGAGUGUGCGUUUGUCAACCGGGUCUGCCUGUCUUUCUGUGUGAUUUUGUGCAAUCGAAGUGAUUAUGCAGUAGUUUGGUUUCAAUUGUUUUUGUUUGUUCUUUUGUUAUUAUUUUUUCUAUCUAAGUGAUAAAUGUUUGAAUGUAUCUUUGUUAUAGAAUAAAAUGAACAGUGUUGAUUAAAUAUUGUUAUUAUCAUGAUUUCGUAUAUGAUCCUUCCUUAAAUGACAUUUAAUUCUCUCGUCCAGCAGUUAUGCCGCGCUGUUUUCACUCUUUAAGUUUAUACUACUAGUCAGUCGAUCUCAUGUGUACUCCGUUUCUAUAUUCGAUCGCCUAUAUAUACCAUUGCAUAUAAUGGACAUAUGUUUUAUUAUUAUUACUAUUGUUAUUACUACUAUCAUUACUAAUUAAUUUGUUUAUUAUAAUCAAUGUAAAAAAUGAACAAAAAAUAAUAUUGUAUGCACUGAAGAUGUCCUUCUUUAUAUCCUGUAAACUUUUGUGUUCCUUUGUUGAGAAACACUGUCACAUAUUUGUUCACUUACUUGGUAAAUGAAGCUGUGCAUGUGUACGUACGUAUUUAUUUAACCAUCAGUUGAAAACUAGAUGCAGAUAGAGAAAGACACGACAAUUAAUGUCGUGCACUCAUGAUAAUGAUUAAUCCAAGAAGAUGGAAAUC